AUGAACUCUUCCUCCGAUGCCAACCAAAGCGGCUCUCCCCCGUUCUGCCUGCUGGGCACAGUGGGAUACUCCCAAAGCCUGGAUACCUGCGUGCUGGAGGUGGUCGUCAUCCUCUUCCUCACCGUGCUCAUCAUCGCCGGAAACCUGGUGGUGAUCUUCGUCUUCCACUGCGCGCCGCUGCUGCACCAUCACACCACCAGCCACUUCAUCCAGACUAUGGCCUACGCCGACCUGCUGGUGGGCGUCAGCUGCCUGGUGCCGUCGCUGUCCCUCCUCCACUACCUCCGAGCCCUGAACGAGGAGCUCACCUGCAAGGCGUUCGGCUACAUGGUUUCGGUGCUGAAGAGCGUCUCCAUGGCGUCGCUAGCGUGCAUCAGCGUGGAUCGCUACAUCGCCAUCACCCGGCCGCUGUCGUACGCCACGCUGGUGACGCCGUGCCGGCUGAGGGUGUGCAUCGUCCUCAUUUGGAUCUACUCGGCGUCGAUCUUCCUGCCGUCCUUCUUCGGCUGGGGGAAGCCCGGUUACCACGGCGACAUAUUUCACUGGUGCGCCGACUCCUGGAAAACCAACCCGAGGUUCAGCACCUUCAUCGUGGGGCUUCUGUACGCUCCGGCGGCGCUGACCGUCUGCGUCACCUACGGAAGUAUAUUCAGGAUCUGCCGGCAGCACACGAGGGAGAUCACCCAGCGCCACGCCCGCUUCAGCUCGCAGACGGAGGGCGAUAAAGCGGAGCGAUGCGAAGGCUGCCCGGACAAACGCUACGCCAUGGUGCUGUUCCGCAUCACCAGCGUCUUCUACGUGCUGUGGAUGCCCUACAUCCUGUACUUCCUGCUGGAGAGCGCCGGCCUCUACCACCACAAGGUGGCGUCGUUCCUCACGACGUGGCUCGCCAUCAGCAACAGCUUCUGUAACUGUCUCAUCUACAGCCUCUCCAACAGCGUCUUCCGGAAGGGUCUCGGCCGCCUCUUCAGUCCGUUGUUUCCUUCCUGCCUCGGCUGCAUGGACGCCAAAAAGGCCCCGGCCCCUGUCAGCCAGCGGCCGGACCCCCGAUGCCAAGUAUGA